CCAGAGUUCACGGGGUUCAGGCUGGUGAACGGCAGCACGACGUGCGAGGGGAGGGUGGAGGUCCAUGUGCUGGGGACCUGGGGCACCCUCUGUGCCUCCCGCUGGGAUCUCCUGGACGCCCACGUUCUCUGCCAUCACCUCAACUGCGGGUUUGCUGAGUCCGUUCCCAGAGGAGGGCAUUUUGGGAGAGGAAGCGGCCCUGUCUGGAGAGACUCAUUCCACUGUAAGGGGACCGAAGCCCACCUGGGGGAGUGCCCAGUGACUGCCCUGGGGGCCUCACCGUGCUCCCACGAGAACGACGCUGCUGUCAUUUGCUCAGGCCCAGCUGGCUCCACGUCCCUGCGGCUGGUGGGUGGAGGCAGCCGAUGCGACGGGCGAGUGGAGAUCUUCCAGCACGGGACGUGGGGCAGAGUCUGGGAUGACCAGUGGGGAAUGCAGGAGGCCAGCGUGGUGUGCCGGCAGCUGCGGUGCGGAGAGGCAGAGGCAGCCUACAGCCCCCCGAAGGCUGAGAGAGGGACGGGCCCCGUGGGGCUGCGAGGGGUGCGGUGCGCAGGGCACGAGGCCACCCUGACCCUCUGCAACACCUCCCUGCCCGAGAGUGCCCCGGUGACAGGGAUCCUGGCGGACGUGGGGGUCGUUUGCUGGGGGAGCCGGCAGGUGCGGCUGGCGAACGGGCCCGGGCGCUGCGCUGGCAGAGUGGAGAUCUACUCCCAGGGCAGCUGGGGGACCCUCUGCGAUGACGGCUGGGACCUGCCUGAUGCCGCCGUCGUUUGCCGCCAGCUGGGCUGCGGGGGGGCAGUGGAGGCGGUUGGCUCUGCUGGGUUCGGGGAAGGCUCGGGGCAGAUCUGGCUGGACAACGUGAACUGCUCCGGGGCCGAAGCUGCUCUCUGGGACUGCCCGGCAGGGUCCUGGGGGCAGCACGACUGCGGGCACAAAGAGGACGCGGGAGUCGUCUGCUCAG